ACUGCGGCUGCGCAGAGGCUCCCUGUGUUCCACUGUUGUUCAGAGCUAACGGGGAGAAAACUGGGAUGUUCAGUGUUCAAUGGAAAACAGACUGAAUAUCCGCUGACAAGAAAGAGGAGAGGAGAAAGAGGAGGAGGACGAGCUGCCGAAGAGGAGAAGGAGAGACACAGGAGGAGGAGGAGGAGGAGGAGAGGAUACAGGAUAAUGCUGCAGAUCUGACUGAAAGAUGUCCAACGUUACUGUGGAAGCGACCAACAUGCUCCCCAUCCUCAAGAAGAAACUGGCCUUUCUGUCAGGGGGCAAAGACCGGCGCAGUGGUCUGAUCCUGACCAUCCCUCUCAGUUCAGAUCAGACCAGCAUGGAGGAGCUCAGCGCCACCCUGGACUACCUGCUCAGCAUCCCCAGUCAGAAGUGUAAGGCUCGGGGUUUCACCGUUAUCGUGGACGGACGGAAGUCUCAGUGGAACAUCGUGAAGACUGUGGUGCUCAUGUUGCAGAAUGUGAUUCCGGCCGAGGUGUCGCUGGUCUGCGUGGUGAAGCCAGAUGAAUUCUGGGACAAGAAGGUCACGCACUUUUGCUUCUGGAAGGAGAAAGACCGCCUAGGCUUCGAGGUGAUCCUGGUGUCGGCCAAUAAGUUGACUCGUUACAUCGAACCGUGUCAGCUGACGGACGAUUUCGGUGGAAGUCUGGACUACGACCACAACGACUGGCUCAACAAGAGACUGGUUUUUGAGAAGUUCACCAGGGAGUCGACCUCACUGCUGGAUGAGCUGUCCAUUAUCAAUGACAGCGACAAGGGCAGCGCGGUGGACAAGGAGAAAUCAGCUGACUGCGCCCUGUUGCCGUCCGUCGACCCUGAGACCGUCCUUCAGACCGGUCAUGAGCUGCUGUCGGAGCUGCAGCAGCGGCGUUUCAACGGCUCAGAGGGAGGAGGACAGGGAGGUCCAGCCUGGUGCCCCAUGGAGGAAGAGCUGCUGGCUCAGCCUCAGGUGAUGAAGCUGCUGGACUCGCUCAGGGAGCAGUACACCAGAUACCAGGAGCUCUGCAGGCAGCGAAACAAACGCACCCAGCUGGAUGAGAUCCAUGCCAAGGUCAUGCAGGUGGUCACCUGGCUCCAGGGUCCAGGUUCAGAGCUGCUGAAGACUCAGCAGGCGAUCGGGGACUCGAUGCGAGCGGCUCAGGCCCUGCAGCAGAAACACGAGGAGAUCGAGAGCCAGCACAGUGAGUGGUUCGCGGUGUACGUGGAGCUGAACCAGCAGAUCGCUGCCCUGCUCAGUGCCGGGGAGGAGGAGGAGGUGGUGGAGCUGAAGGCGCUGCAGCAGCAGCUGAGCGACGUUUGCUACCAGCAGGCUGCUCAGCUGGAGGGCCGGCAGAACGUCCUGCAGGCGGCACAGGGCUUCCACGGCACCACGCAGGAGUUGUCCCAGCAGUUGGACGGUCUGCUGGGCAUGCUCUGUGCUGACGUGGCUCCAGCUGACGGAGCUUCGAUUCAACAAAACCUCAAGCUGUUGGAGGAGAAGCUGCAGACUGUCGAGGCUGGUCUCGCUUCUCUGCGUCAGAAGGGGGGGCUGCUGAUGGAGCAGAUGUGCACCCAGCCGCCGUGGCCCCUGGAGGAAACGGAGAAUCCCGCUGGGGAGCAGCAGGACAGCACUCAGCACGUCCAGACUGUGAUGGAGGAGAUGCAGCUCCGCAAGCAGAGGUGUGAGGACAUGGUGGAUGUGAGGAGGCUGAAGAUGCUACAGAUGGUCCAACUGUUCAAAUGUGAAGAAGAUGCUUUACAGUCAGUAGAGUGGCUUGGCGAGCUGUUGGACGCCCUUUUGAAGACCCACGUCAGACUGGGCGACGACUCUCAGGAGACACGGACCAUGUUGGACAAACACAGGAAGUUCGUGGACGUCGCUCAGAGCACGUAUGAUUACGGCCGUCAGCUGCUGCAGGCGACCGUCGUCCUCUGUCAGUCCCUGCGCUGCACGACGCGCUCGUCAGGAGACACUCUGCCCAGACUCAACCGGGUCUGGAAACAGUUCAGCGUCAGCGCUGAGGAGAGACAGCAGAGACUGGAGCUGGCUCUGAACUUCCACACCGCCGCCGAGAAGGUGUUGCAGCAGGAAUGUGUGGACCCAGAGUCUCUAGAUGAGGUCGACACUUCUGGGAAAACUCUGCUGGACAGACUGACCUUGCCUGUUAUCUUCCCUGACGGGACCGAGCAGUACUUCGGGAGUCCCAGCGACACAGCGGCGGCAGCGGAGGGCGUCAGGGAGCGCCUCAUGCUGGUGGAGGAGCGACGCCUGCAGCUGCAGGAGGUGGGGCUUCAUGAUGAUGAUGAAGAGGAGGAGGAGGAGGGGCUAAACGGGCAUGAGGCGCGGCUGGACGUGAUCGGCGAGGAACUGAGCGAGAAAGAGGAGCAAGAUGAAGAGGAAGAGGAGGAGGAGGAGGGGGCCAGGCAGGUGGAUGAAGACUUAGAGAGGGCCACACAGGACUGCUAAUGGACCGCUGACAGUUUAUUCUUACUGCUGGUGUUUCUUUACAUUACUUCAUUUCCCAUCAGCCUCACUGCUUUUUUCAUCUUCCUGAAAGAUGGGAAACAUGUUGGAUGUGAACAUGUCACUCCGAUCAGCAGAAACUGAGAGGGCUUUACCGCCGUACCUAUAGCCAUCUGGCAGAUUCCACAACUGUAACAUACCGGGAUUAUUAAUAUUCACAUCUCCGGAUGCUCUGUUGACGACGGGACCGACUGUAAAAUAAUCAGUUUGGAUAAGAAUUCUUCUAAUGUACAGCUUAAACCAUCUCCUCUUUCCCAGCAUGCCUCUUGUUCACCUAAGUGGGUGGAGCUUCCAUGGUGCUAACGUGGUUACCAAGGUUUCAGUCUGUGCCUCCCCCGACUUCUCGCCUUUUCUGCCACCCCGCCUCCUUUUAUUUCCCUCCCCUGAUGGAAGAUGAGCUUGUUGGCCGUUACAGGAGGGGCGGGGCCACAGAGCAUCAGGUGUGCAGCGACACGAUGGCAUUCCUGCACCGACGGUCCUGUACAUUCCUCCCGUAGGAGCUUUUCAACGCUGGGAUGGACAUGAAACUCUCCGGGCUGAAUGACAUGUACAAAUAAGCAUAGGCAUAGUCCCAAAGAGCAACGCAAACAACAGCCGACAUGUCUUAUGUUUCCCCUUUCUCAGAGGUUUCUUGUAGUUGUUACAUCAGUGUUUCCAUGAUGCCUAACAUCUCUUAAGGACCCAAACAUUCUGACCACCUCGCUGUUCUGAAUAAGCCCGCUGCCUUCAUGACGGAAAUCAAACCUGCGCAGCUUUUCUCUGAUCCAGACUGACAUGAGAAUAGGACUGAUUCCUUUUUCUAUUUAUUUACACUUUUUUCAAGCAAAACUCGGCGUGACUGGUUGGUAUUUUUGACAAAUAACUGCUGCUGUAAGUGUAACCGCUAAAUACUGCGUCUUUGCUCUAUGUCAAAUAAUAUAUACAUAUGACAUCAUCCUCUAAAUAAAGA